GUCCUGACUUUGUGGUCCCAGUGAAGCAUAGCCUCAAACCUGACUGAGGUUCCAGAAGGAAGAGGAACAUCAGAGAAGCUCAUUCAUUAAUAACCAUCAACCUCUGCUGUGAUCCAAACGGGAAAUAAAACGUAGUCCUUGGUUCUAAGGAGCUUAAUUGCCAAAGAUGGUCUGGUGAAUCCCUAAACAAAUAUGGAAACCCUAAGGACUGAAGGAUCUAGCCUUCCUGUGUAGAGAGUAAGGAAGAUAAAAAGGAGCUAAAAUUUUGUUCCUAGACAGUUAUAACAAUAAAAGUGAGUGAUUCUCAUUUGACUGAUAAGAAUCCAUUGGGAUGGACACAUGGGAAGUCUCCUGGGAAAAUAAACUUCCUUCGUACAAGUAAUCAUUUAGAAUGAUGACAUAUUCUUAGACAACAUGGAGAAUGCAUAAAUGAAAACCAAAAAAGGAAGUAAAAGUGGAGGGAAAUGUUCAGACAAUGAAAAUGUCCGCGUUCCCUAUUUAAGAGCCAUGCUUCGAGGCCGUGCUCAGAGAACCUCGGCCCGAGGUCCCCCAGCCGCCCAGGUCAGCAUGCCCAGCAGCCCCCUCGGCUUCCCCAUGGCUCUCCUGCGCCCUCUGCUGACCGCCCUGGCGCUGCUCACCUGCCGCCCUGGAGGCUCUCUGGGCUGUGCCCUGCCUGGGAGCCACGCGCAGGUUAGCAGGGACAACUUGGUGCUCCUGGGCCAGAUGCGGAGACUGUCCCCUUUCUUGUGCCUGCGGGCCAGAAAAGACUUCCGCUUCCCGCUGGAGAUGCUGGAGGGCGGCCAGCUCCGGGAGGCCCAGGCCGCCGCCGCCGUCCUGCGGGAGCUGCUCCAGCAGACCUUCAACCUGUUGCACACGGAGCGCUCCUCGGCGGCCUGGAGCCCCGCGCCGCUGCACGGACUCCGCUCUGGCCUCCACCUGCAGCUGGAAGCCCUGGAUGCCUGCUUGGUGAAUCCUCAGGAAAGGGUAGGAGUGGGGGAAGGAAGAAAAGCCAAGUUCCCAAGUUUGAUCUUGGCCCUGGAUCAUGGCCAGCAGGGGGCGAACUUCCCUGUGAGGGUUUUGUUCUCCCACUGA